AUGAACAACAAUCAAGAUGUUCACAACAAUUUGUCUGAGGACGUAGUCAUGUCUGACGAUGUCCCCAACGCUUUUACUACAUCUGGUAGCGCUGUGUCUGAGAUCCCUGGUAAUGUCCCUAACAACAAAGACUUCCAGUUCAAUGGACAACCGGAAGCUAACAGGAACAUUAAGUUGUUUUUAGGUAAGCUCAAGAACCAUUUCCUAUUGAAAGGAGUGAGGGAAGACAGAAGAAAAAUUGCUUUUUUGGUGGAAUGCUUAACUGAUCAAGCACUCAUCUGGUUUGACCAAGCGGAAAAAGAUCAAGAUCUUUAUGCUUUAUCUUAUGAAGAAUUUGUCCGAAUCUUCACUGAUCAUUUCACUAAAGAAGUUGAUGCAUUUGAGACUUUCUCGGAAUUAUGGAACUUAGGUCAUUGUGCUAAUGCUACUGAACAUGCUCAGAAGUUCAAGUCUUUAGUUUCUGGUUUGAAACCUGGUUUUGCUUCUGAUGAAUUAUUAUGCAACAUUUAUGUUAUGCAAUGUCAACCGGAUAUGCGUAUCCAAUUAAUGCUUAACAAACCAUGGCCAAGUUUAGAGCAUUGCAUGCUCAGAGAGACCACUUUAGAAGCGUCUAUCAAUAGCAUUAGAAGGAGUAUUAACAUUCCAAGAGAAGAUCCGUUGUUAGUCUCGAAUGUCCAAAUGAAUAGAGGAAAUUAUUAUAACAGUACUAGGCGUUAUAAUAAUGGAAGGGGAAAUAGAAAUAAUAAUAAUUACAAUAACAAUAAUAACGGUUAUAGACCUGCAUUGAGAAGCUCGAACGAUUCUCGAAAGCGCAUCGGUGGUACAAAAAGAAGGUCAGAUAAGAGUAACUCUGGACCUGUCGAUUGGAAUAGAAUUUGCAAAGAGAAUGACCUUUGUAGAAACUGUCAUGAAUAUGGUCAUUAUAAGAAACAAUGCAAGAAACCCAAUGCGAGGCCUAUGUAA